AAUGUGUGUUUUACUAGUGCUGUUGUUGAUUGUGAAUGUACAAAGGGCUGCACUGGAUCAUCGCCAAGUCAGUAUUGAUUUUGAGCAAGCGUUCCGAGAUGGCAAACUACUUCCGAGAUUCUGGACUAGUACCGGAUUGUGUCCACCAGCGCCGCGUGAGAAGGCCGCCGAUUUUUUGCUAUCCGAUGAUAGUUUACUCAAUUUCGAAAUUAUCGGAGGCUUGCCCAAUGCUGGACUCAAAUACGUUCGAAUCCAUUGGCUGUUGGAGAUGAUUCAAUUUUCGCAUUAUGACGAAAAUAAGUUGUUAUUUUACAACUUCUCUCGACUGGAUGCAUUGCUUGAUAAGCUUUACGAAUUUGGUCUACAUCCAGGAAUCGAGCUAAUGGGAGCUCCUGGUAAUAUUUAUCCGAUGGAAAAGAAACGGCGAUUUUCGUAUUUUUGGACAGAUUUAACGAUGCAAAUAGCAUUAAGAUAUUUACACCGCUUCGGAGUAGAAUACGUGGCAAAUUGGCGAUUUGAAACUUGGAACGAACCAGACUUAAAGAACUACAACACUUUAAAUUUCACCACCGACGAAUACAUUAACUACCUUCAAUCGGCUCGAUUAGGUUUAGAUGCUGCAGGUCGUCUACUAAACAACAUUCAUCUACCCCUCAGAGGACCUGCAGGUUUAUUUCGAACAGAGCAGAACCACCCGUUUUGUUGGACUGCGUUGCAACUAUGCAAUGAUUAUCCUCGGAACUGUCCCUUUGAUGUUAUUUCCUUCCACCGGAAGGGAAGUGGUACGAGAGCGGAUGAAAUUGUGAACGGCGAAUCGAUGUUAUUGAAUCAAAUAUGGGACAAGUAUCCAAAUUUGCUCGAAUUUAAAUAUUCAAAUGACGAAGCCGACCCGGUUGCUGGUUGGUCAACGCCACGAGAAUUUCAAUCAAACAUGAAGUAUGGUGCAAUGUUAGUAUCGACCGUUCUUCAACAUUGGUCAACAAAAACUAACUGCGUACAGUCGCAUUUAGAAUCAAUCUCGCACGAUAACGGAUUUCUCAGCUAUCACCCCUUUGAGUUCGAUCAGCGCACAUUACUGGCGCGGUUUCAGAUGAACGAUACAAAACCCAAACAUGUGCAGUUUGUUGUUAAGCCGGUAUAUUCAUCACUUGGGAUGUUGACCAAUCUCGGACCGCAGGCUACAGAUACCUUGUUUUUGGAGGGUAAUUUCAGUUAUAUUGUUUCGUAUAAUCGGGAUCCAUUCUAUUCUUGUGUACUAUUGUCACUAUCGAACGAUACAUUUGAUCCAACAACCAAAAGAAGUAAUAUAACGCUGAAAUUUGCAAUUGCGGAAGAAUCAACCAAACGUCGAAUUGGUUACAUUGUGGAAGGACUACAGGAUAGUUUGAAUGAUCCUAAUUCGAUUUGGAUUCAUUACGGAAAACCAUCCUACCCAACAGCAGAUCAAUUUGUCAGUAUGAGGGCUUUGCAGUUUCCUAGUGUUUUGAAAGGUCCAGAAACGGUUUCAGCUAAUACAAAAAACAUAUCGUUGAAUCUCAACCUACGGGCUCCUUGGAUUGUUACGGUUCGACUGUGUAGUGAAAUGGUCCCUGCGCCGAGUCAAGUAACGAAUAUUCGUAUACGUAGGAUUUACACCUACGAAGCUGUGAUAUUUUGGAGUGAGAAACCCUCGGCAACCAGGUGCAUUGUUGGGUACGAGGUGUGGUUCCGUGCAGAUCAAUCCCAAUGGAUACAGAUUAAUUUAGGGCACUGUACGCCGUUUCUGUGGUUCCAAUUUGUAUCCAACACAACUAUCGGUUUGACAGGUCUGUAUCGCGUGCGAUCUGUGGAUAUGUUUGGACGCUAUGGAGCUUUUUCGGAAACAAAAUAUUUUAAUGGCUAAUAUUUAACAACUCGGAAUUCGUUGCAGGCGUUUAAUGCCGAUCAAACCUUUACCUCCAUCACACUGUAGUAAUUUUAUGUUUUAUUUAGUUUAAGGUUAGUUGAGGUAGGACACAAAUACUGUAAAUAAAGUAUGAUCAAUAGUUAAGGGAUUAUAUACCAUUGCACUGCGUAAAAUUUCCUAUAAAUUAGCUUUAGAGCUACUUUGGGACUAGAACAUACCUCAUAAGUUUGUCAAAAAAUAAACCUUCUUUAGGUGUUAACCCUGAACCUUCUUUAGGUGUUAACUUUUUGUAACGAAUAAGGUGUUAGCGGGUUAUAUUGACUCAGAUUUCUAACGUAGUUUUAAAGCACAUUUUCAGUCAAACCUAUAUUCUAUACCGUUUAUUCAAAACGUAAUAUCUAACAAAUGUAAACAAACUGAGUUUAUUAUGCCAAAUAAAAGCUAAGCAUUGACUCUUUAUCGUCCACAAAUAAUAGAGAAAAAUGAUAACUCUUUAUAUGUUAAUUUAAUCUUAAGUCAAAAUGUCACAUAUAGUAUACCAAAGCUUUGCUAAUAUUUUGUAGAUGUGAUGUUUUGCGUUGGGAUGUUUUUCCAAGUCGACUGUAGUUAGUAUGUUUUUCCAAUGCCAAACCUCAUAUCUACACUCUCGGUUGCAAUACAGCACAUGAAAUAUAUCACAACUACAAGCCCGUCUCUAAACGUCACAGUCAAAUGUACCAUCUACAAAAGGAGUUGCCAAGACCACAUAUGUAAAAGAGCAUAAUAGCAAAAGUGAUCGGCAAAAUGUAAUAAAAUAAUAGUAAUCAAUUAUCUCUCUAUUAUCUUCGCGAAAAACAUGUAAUAUGCUUAUACGAUCCUGCAAUGAGUAAAUGCAGAGGUGAUAGUAGAAUUAAUAACCUUCUGUGUUCUGUGUUAAAUAAAUUUGAAAGUUGCAAGGAAAUUUUUGCACGCGAUUUUCUCCGUUUGACGUUUCUGUUAGAUAUGAUGGAAUGAAAAAACGCUCUAGAUAUGUAUUUAUACACAAAUUGUUUGUUAGAGUUCCAAUUUUCAAUUUCUGGCAAAUAUUGCAGAUUUUGGUCAGUGGGAAUCGGUGCCGAAUGGGGUCAUGUUUGGACUAAUGUAUGCAGAACAGGCAUCAUAAAUCCCAGAUUUAUUGACAGAAUACUAAUAAUAAACACAAACAAAAUAAAAAUGAGAUUGCAUAUAUCAAUUUUAUGCACGGUGCGACCGAUCUUGGAUGGUCACGAUUACGAUGCAGAUGCCGAUUCGGGUGGUCUAAUAGUAUUUAUCAUAAUACUGAAUAAGCGACAAUGUGGUCAACCAAUGAAACUGAUCCCAAAAUUUUAUAGUAACCUUGAAAGAUAAUGUAAAAUCCCAUCUGAAUAGAUAUUGAUACAUUCACAAAAUAUUGACCCCGGAUACGAUACGAGAGGUCAAUAUGUAGCCAAAAAACUAUGUCUAGGUCAAGUACGAAAUACCUAGUACAUUUAACCCUAGAACGUUGCACUUGCAUUUUCCAUCCUAGAACGUUGCACUGGGGUACAAAUGUACCCCACACGUUUGAUCGUAAUUUUCGCAGGUAAAAAUGUAAACAAACGAAAUGUAUAAUAGGGUAAAAGGGUAUAAUACGCCCCACUGGGGCAAAAUGCCCUUCUUUGAUUCCCAGGAUUCCUGAAUUAUGUAAAAUAUAAAAAUGACUGAUAACAGUAUCGUUUCAUGAAAACAACGUACUAAGUUAGUUUGGUAUUUUUAAUAUGUUGCAAAACAACAAUAUACACAAAAGUUUCAAAAGAGCUACUUUGAUGUAAGCUCCCAUCUUUUCUUAUAGCAUUAAAAACAAUUAGAAACAGUCGGAUUCGAUAGAACUAUUUCAAGUAGCUUAAUAGAAUAUUAUAGUUACUAUCUUAGUUUUUAGCUUGGCUUUAAACUAUGUGUGUAGAAUUAUUUAUGUAUUCACAACAGCUCAUCACCGGCCAAAACGUCCUACCCAUUUUUUUAAAUUACAUGUCACAUGUUAGUGGGGCAUACUCACCGAUUGCUGUGGGGCAUACCGUCCUCUUGUUGUGGGGCAUAUUAAACUUUCACCGGGGGCAUUUUGCCCUGGGUGAAAGAAAAAAACUAGAAUUUGGGCAUCUUUGGAAAAUGUUUAAUAGUACCUGUACCAGAAUGCUUUAAUAAAAAAUGAAACGGUUACUAAUUUCUAACUAAUAUAACAAUAAAUUAGAGUAGUUAGUGAGAAGAUCAUAGUGUCGAAUGAUGAAAUAUAGCAAUUUUUGCUUAAGGGGGCGUAUUAGACCUGAUUACCCUACAUAAUUUUCUUCGUUUUUUAAUUGCAAAUACACCUGUGCAAGUGAAAAUACAGAAUUUAUUGAAUGAAUGUUACAUAAAUUGGUUUGAACAAAAAAUGUGAAAAAUUCGCGGUUUUGAAAUUUUUCACAAAAAUUACUAUAACUUUGCGAAUUUUUAAACGAUUUGAAAAAAAAUCAUAUGAUUCUAAAAGUUGAAAGAAUGGUCUAGAAACGGUAUAAAAUGGAAUUUCGAUAUUUUUAAAAAAGGUGAAUUAUUUGGAAAAGUGAAAGUUUAAAAAUCGGGUUUUGGAAAAUACCACGAAAUGGGGUGGAAAUUGAAAUGAAAAAAAAAUUUCUGACCAGUAAUACAUUGGUAGCACGCGACGUUACUGGUACAAAAGUAAAAAAUAGCUAUAAAAAAUAAACCAAAAAACAAUAAAAAUCAGCAAAAAUGAGAACUUUUUUUUACCUCAAAAUUAAAUUAAAUUAAUUGAAUAAAUGAUUAAGAACGAUUAUAUAAUACUAAUUGUUACUUAUGUAAUAACAAAACCAGUAUUUAAACUGGUAUUGUCACGAGUCACAUUUCCGCUGACACAACGAAACCUGACAAAACGCUAACGGCAACCGUACACUGGGGUACAAAUGUACCCCACGCCAACUUUUACACCUGCACGAAGGCUAUAAGUAAACUGACUAUACCGCCUUUUCCUACUCUUACUAGGAUCUCUACAUUGAAUUAUGGUUGGGGUCCCAAUUCGGUAAAUGCCGAAUUGUCGUCUUCACACGGCUCUAAAGAAGGCGUGGGGUACAUUUGUACCCCAACGUAACGUUCUAGGUUUAAGGUCAUUGUUUGAUUCAAACUAUCAAUAUCAUUUAGCUGAGUUUUCUUAUAGCAUUGAAGAAUAUUACAAGAUUUUGGGAUCAGUUUAAGUGAUUGACCACAUUGUUGCUUGUUCAUUGUUAUGAGUUUGUACUGCCAAAAUCGUAUUCCUGAACAAGAUCAGUCGUACCACGUGCAAAAUUGAUAUAUACAGUCUUAUUUUUGUUGUGUUUGUGUGAUAUGAUUAGUAUUCUGUCAAAAAUGUUUGAUUUCUGAUACCGGUUCUGCAUUCAUCUAUAUAAUCCCAACAUGACCCCAUUCGGUACUGAUUCCCACUGGUCAAAAUCAGGAAUAUUUAACAGAAACUGAAAAUUGAAUCUUUAACAAACUACUUGGGUGCAGGUACGUACGGAUUUGACUGAAAUAGGUAUCUUAAAAUUGUGUUUGAAAUCCGAGUCAAUUUGCUCCGCUUUAAUUGUAUUUUUUUUGUACAACCCUUCAGGAAUUUCCGAAAUUUUUGAAUUUUAGCUUUACAUGAAAGAGGAGAAGGCCCGAAAUUCCAAACUUCAAUAAUUAAAGAGUUAUAGAAUUUUAAAAGUUUAGUUUGGAUCACUUUUUCCACAACAUCUAAAGAAGGUUAACAGCCAGAUUAAUAAUUUGAAGGGUUUUCGUGUAAGAGAGCAGUUAUAUAGGGAAUCUCAUAGAACAUGGAAUAAUUAUAGCAAAGCCAGCUUUGUUGAGUUCAAUGUAGUUCCAUAAUUUAUUGAUAAUAAAACAUAACAUAGAAAAAAUAUAUUAAAAUAUAUAAGUACAGAGUUCGAAAAUCGUCUUCCCUACCACUGGACAAGAUUCUACGACGUGCUUAUGGAUACAGAACGUUCGAAUUGGUUCAAUCCUGCGCUUGGCAAUAGUUUUUCGCUUUUAGAUAACCACAUACUCCCACAAUUCACAUUUGCAUGCAGGCCAAGAAAAAUGAGUUUCGAAACGAUGUUACCAUCAUUAGCGUACACAACUCGUACACUUCUUCACGUUGCAACCAGUGAGGUCGGCUCGUCGUACUUCGUGGAUAUAUGGGUGCUUUAGAACUGAUUCAACGUGCGACGCAAUACCGCCUGAACACUAUCAUCACGGGCGAGAUUCAGGCGGGGGCACUACAGUAAGGAUAAUGUAGUAUGUAUAUAGAUUCACCCUACGACGAUAACGAGCAUGUCUGGUAGGAAUACUGUGUGCCGAUAAAAGUUUAUUCGUUUACGAAACAUCCCCGAGUAUCUGGCAUUAAAUAAAUCGCACAGUCGGUCAUUGAUACUGAUCUGGAGAAAGAAAUCCCAACAAGAAGGUGGGAAACAAUUUGGUACGGAAAAUUUAUUGUUGCAACGAUAAUAUCGAGUGAGCUUUGCAAGAGUUGGUAAGAUAGUGUACAGCGCUACCUGUACUCAAAGGAAAUAUGUUAUAAAUUAAGCUUAAUCAGUACAGACAAUGGGUCGGAAAAACGGUGGUCAGUUGAUGAUAUGGGAAAGCAUUGCUAAUGAUCAUUAUAAGCUCAUGCAUUUCAUUUAAGGGAAAGGAGUAUUAGGUAUGUAAUAAAAAUGUUAUCCACAUAAGCUUGACUCAUAUGAACGAUCAGACUGAGACGGUGGUAUAAAUAUUGAUGGAGAGAAAAAAAUGAAAUCAGGUUGUACCACGCAUUUUCUGUAAACUUUGAGUAAAUUAAUUUGCUUGCUACUUUGGGAAACACAUUUCGCUUUAAUUGCACUGUUUUAAUAGGAGAGAAUGUCUUCAUCCUACGCGUCACAUUGAAUAUUUUUGUUUAGAUCAGUUUAUUUUGUGUUGAGCUGAAAAUUUCGUUGAAAUGAACCGCGCACAGUGGCUGAAGGGCGGCCAAAACCUCAAAAAGUUAUGUUUUAAUUUUUGAUAUUUUAUAGU